AAAAAUUGUAAUUGUUAGUCCUCGAUUGAUUUGGACCUUGAACUUGGCCGUUAACGGCCACUUUUUAUCGAAGCCAACUUGCAACAUAAUAUCUUCUUGUACAUUUAUUGUAGCACAAUAUCUCACUAAUAAAUCCAAAAAUAUAUCUUAUAGAGCCACUUAAUCGAAAAAGGCCAUAAGAGGAGAGCGCGAAUAAAAAUGAAUAAAAAGAAGCCGGAUCGGUUCAAGAAAGCUACACACGUUCACAGGCUUCUUUUGGAUCGGCUGACUGAUUCGCUACUCUCGUUCCCUUUCACGCAGCAUCACACAUCCAAUUUAAUCCUGAUCCCCGCAUCAACGUAUCAAAACAUUUUUUUUCCUUUGCAUCCUUCUCAAUCCGCUGCUUGAUUCUUUCCCCUGACAUGUCUCAAUUAGAUGAAUAAUCAUCACAAUGAUACUAACUACUGAUAAUAAGCGUAUGCGAGGAGGCAUCCACGCGUGUGAACGUGUACAAUACUUUUGUGCGGUUAUAAUAAACACACACGACUAACUUCACUUUUCGAACUCGCCUCAGAGCGAAAAUACACCGAGUGGUGACACAGGGAGAUGAAAAAAAAAACAAAAUCAAUGCUUGACAACAUAUUUCGCUCCGCGCUAUCAACUUCGUAUUUUCUUUUUUUCACUUUCGUUCUCAUCAAAAUAAAAAACCUCUUUACAAGGACAAAAUUUUUUGCGCGUCAUCGCAAGGAGCAUCGGAAAAUGCGGCUCAUCUUUUAAUAGACGGGUUAACGAUCGAUAUCAGUUGACAAAUUUCGCGUCCCUUUUUUUAUAAUUAUUAUUAUUAAUUAACCGAGUACACAAGUUGGCAAUGGACGUGGACGAGCUCAAAGAGAUCGGAGACGAGCAAGACGAUCGGGAUGAUCGAGAUGAUCGGGACGAUCAGUUCGACGAUGAUAGAGCGCGGAUAGACGAAGUUGAUGCUGUCGAGGAAAAUCGGCAAAGUCAGCAGACCGGAGAACCGAGUAAAGCUGAGACAGACGGCAAAAAAGCGCCAAAGACAGACCCGUAAGUUUCGCGAGCAGAAUAGAUGACUAUUUUUUGGUUAAAAACAAUUCAUUCGCGGGGUGAACAAUAAAUUAUACGGACGGUUCAAAUACUGCAUUUUUCCUUGUGAAUAAUCUAGAAUUUAAUCUAGACCAUCGACGACGUCUCAAAAUCCAGAUGCUGCGGAUACAACUCCGACAGAAAAAACCAAAUGGAAAAGCGCUAAUGCCUUUGUAAACUUUGUACAUGAUUUCAAACAGGUAAACAAAGCAUCAGAAAAAAU